CGAGGGCGGGCGGUGUUGUUUGUGUUUACGGUGUGAUUUGUUGUCGCGGGCGUUCUCCGUACACAAGCUCGCGUGCACGGGCUCGCUAUCUCACACUAGCAACAAAACAAAAAAAACAAAAAAAACAGAUAUACCCCUCCGCGUGCGCCGUGUUAGCUGCUGUAAAGCGUUUCCCCCACUCUGUGGUCCAGCCCUCAAGAGAUCGGAGCUGAAUUCUGAUUGGAGGAAUGGAGUGCCAGUCUAUCCUGCACCAGUGAUCGGGGCCAGGAGACUCCGGUGGUGACAUCCUGUGGAGCCAGAGAUCAAAGGCGAGGAGGCUGUUGCACCACCGCUGGAACUGAAGAUUGCUUUAAAGGAAAAGCAAGUCCUUGCAGAAGGUUUUUAAGCCAUGAUGCAAGAAUCUGGGACGGAGGCGACGAGCAACGGACCAGCCACUCAGAAUGGAGGAGCGGGCUCGGAGGGCGGGUCCAGGGAGGGGCGACCCAAGAGCGCCACGGCAGCAGUGGAGGUGACCGCCGCUGACCUCCUGCAGUUCCAGCAGCACCAGGCUCUCCAAGUGGCCCGACACAUACUCAUCCAGCAGCAGCAGCAGCAACAACAGCAGCAGCAGCAGCAGCAGCAGCAGCAGUCCCAGUCACAGCAACUGCAGUCUCAACAAAACACUGGUCGCAAAUCCCCCAAAGCCAACGACAAGCAGCAAAGCCUACAGGUUCCAGUUUCAGUGGCUAUGAUGACACCUCAAGUGAUAACUCCUCAGCAGAUGCAGCAAAUCCUUCAGCAGCAAGUCCUGAGCCCUCAGCAGCUCCAGGUUCUCCUCCAGCAGCAGCAGGCCCUCAUGUUACAGCAGCAGCAACUCCAAGAGUUCUACAAAAAGCAGCAGGAACAGCUCCACCUCCAGCUUUUACAGCAGCAGCAGCAGCAGCAGCCACAGCAGCAGCAGCAGCAGCAGCAGCAUGCAAGCAGCAAGCAGAGUAAAGAGCAGCAGGUGUCGGCCCAGCAGUUGGCCUUCCAGCAGCAGCUCCUGCAGGUCCAGCAGGUCCAGCAGCAGCAUCUGCUCAACCUUCAGAGGCAAGGGCUGCUCACGAUCCAGCCCGGACAGACCGGCCUGCCGCUGCACUCCCUCACUCAGGGCAUGAUUCCAGCCGAGCUGCAGCAACUGUGGAAGGAGGUGACGAGUGCUCACGUGAAGGAGGAGCACCACCACAACAACCACCACCACCACCACAACCACAACAGCAGCAGUAACAACAACGGCCACCGGGGCCUCGACCUGUCCUCCCCGGCACCGCCAAAGAACCCACUCCUCAACCAGCACGCCUCCACCAACGGGCAAUACAUGAGUCACAAGAGAGACGGAUCCACGCUAGAAGAGCAUUCUCCGCACAGUCACCCCCUCUACGGUCACGGCGUUUGCAAGUGGCCCGGAUGCGAGGCGGUGUUCGACGAUUUCUAUUCAUUCCUCAAACAUCUUAACAAUGAGCACGCCCUGGAUGACAGGAGCACGGCCCAGUGUCGGGUGCAAAUGCAGGUCGUACAACAGCUGGAGCUGCAGCUAGCGAAAGACAAAGAGCGUCUGCAAGCCAUGAUGACGCACCUUCAUGUCAAGUCCACGGAGCCCAAAGCCACCCCACAGCCGCUCAACUUGGUGUCCAACGUCACGUUGUCCAAAUCGGCCCCCGAGGCCUCCCCUCCUCUGAGCCUGCCCCAGACCCCCACCACACCCACGGCACCCCUCACACCCCUGUCCCAGACCCACUCCGUCAUCACAGCCAACAGCCUCCACAGCAUGGGCCCCAUGCGGCGGCGCUACUCUGAAAAGUACAACAUGCCCAUCUCUCCAGAUCUCAGUCAGAACAAAGAGUUUUACAUGAAUGCAGAGGUUAGACCGCCAUUCACGUACGCCUCACUAAUAAGACAGGCAAUCCUCGAAUCUCCAGAAAAGCAGCUAACACUAAACGAAAUCUACAACUGGUUCACACGAAUGUUUGCAUAUUUUAGGCGCAACGCGGCGACGUGGAAGAAUGCAGUCCGGCAUAAUCUUAGUCUUCACAAGUGUUUUGUGCGAGUAGAAAACGUAAAAGGGGCUGUGUGGACAGUCGACGAAAUAGAGUUCCAAAAGAGACGGCCUCAAAAGAUCAGUGGAAGUCCAGCCUUAGUGAAGAACAUUCAGACCAGCUUGGGCUAUGGUCCGACCCUCUCUGCUGCCUUCCAGGCUUCAAUGGCAGAAAACAACAUACCUCUAUACACUACUGCUUCCAUUGGAAGUCCCACCCUCCACUCCCUGGCCAACGCCAUCCGCGAGGAGAUGAAUGGAGCGAUGGACCAUGGAAACAGCAACGGCAGUGACAGCAGCCCGGGACGCUCGCCCCUGCCAGCUAUGCACCACAUCAGCGUUAAGGAGGAACCACUGGACCCCGAGGACCACGAAGGGCCCCUCUCCCUGGUAACGACCGCCAAUCACAGUCCGGAUUUCGAUCACCACAGAGAUUACGACGACGACCAGGGCCACGACGACAUGCUGUAAGGCUAGCUCCGCCCCCCCACUAGCCUCAGAGGCAGAGGCAGUCUGGGUCAUCUGGGAGACCGAAACGCUCCGCAGAUAACAAACACUGAACUGCAGUCUCAGCCACUGAUGACAGCUCUCAAAUGUCUCCCGAGUUCACUUUUUUAGUGCCAUUACAAUACAUAGCAAGAACACACACACACACACACACACACACACACACACACACACACACACACACUUACACAAAAAAACACAGAAUACGCCCCAUAUGAGGGAUUUUCUUUUUUCCUUUCUUUCUACUUUUGAUUUUAAGUAAAGCUUAAAAAGUGAAACUUCAUUUCUACUCAUGUGUUGGAUGGACUUGUUUGGUACGGGGGGGGGCAACGUUUUCACAGUCAGAGACCCUCGCCGUGCAGCCAGGACGGACUGCAAGAGGGGCUGCAACCCUCCCCCACCCACCCCCGCACCCUCCGCUCUCUCUUUCUCAGACUCACACAUCUGACCACAAACUCAAGAGAGAGAGAGAGAGAAUGACUGACGUUUAAUUUACACCGUGUGAGUGUUUGUUUGUGUGUGUGCGUGUGAAUGAAGCGAGCGCGGAUCUUCUGUUCAUUGUCACUGCCUUCAACACUUCUCAUUGGUUUGAUUCCAUCUCGGGUGGGUGGGAGGUUGUUUUUUUAUUUGGGUGUACUUUAUUGUUGGGGGGGAUGAGAGGUUAUUAGAUAUCAACAUAUUGUGUCUUUUCCAUUCAAUGCUGUUGUCGAUGUCGCAUCUUUAUCGUUUCCUUGAACUGAUCAGACCUCAUGCCCAUGCUGUGGAGAUUCUGUGUGGUCAGCACUUGAUGAUGAAUGUUUAUGAUUUCCUUUCAUGUUGUUCUUUUUUUUUUUUUU